AUGACCAUUAACGCCGUUGGUGGAGUCUACUCAGAGUUAUCAGCCAGGAAGAGGCAAGAUGUCUAUGGAUUUCAGAAGGCCUACCUGACUGCACAGUUCACAGACUCAGGCUCAGCAUGCAAGGAUGGAACCCACGGGACCAGAGACUGGCUGCAAAAGAACAUGGGAGAGUUCUGUUCUGUGGCUCAAUUAAGCGAACUUCAAACCUUUUACCCAGACAUUGAUGGACUUAAAGCGCUCGAUGUACUGAGCCCGGAACAGAUGGCGCAAUUAACUGUGAAUCUGACGCUGAACAGCCUGGAGGACACACUGCUAAUCCUGGCCGUUCUGGACCAGAGUUCGUAUUACACGAUCUAUAGAUACAUGAGGGAGUUUAAUGUGUACGCGCACCAGGCAAACCUGACUUCCUUGCCCAAUGCUUCGGUUAGAGAUUCAAUACUAAGGACUGUGUUUAUAAAGCUGAGAUCCAAGUUCCACCUUUUCCUGACAGAAAUCUGGGCAGACUGGUUCCAGAAGCAAUUGCCCUUAUUGCUCCCUGGUAUAAAUGAAACCUAUCUUGCAUGGCUGGGUACUAACUUCUCCUGUGACUCCUACCAGGCAGUAGUGAAAGGGUUUAACAUCGCCUAUGAAUCUCUCUCGCCUUCCAGCAGGACUGAUAUAUACAAUGGUUACAUGAAAACCUACCUCAGUCAACAAUCACUUUCAACAGGCCAAUCUGACAGAGUCCCAAAUUACCACAGUGAACAUUAUGAUGCUGACAGCUGUUUGGAACAAACUCAGUUCCAACUUCUCAACCUUUACGCCUCUGGAUUGGAGACAUUUGUUCCAAGAAGACUUGCAUGCACUACUUCCCAGCAUGAAUUCAACCUAUCUUCAUCUCCUCCCGGCCAACAUCAGCUGCUCCUCUUACCAGGAAAUAUUGACAUCAUUGGUAAGACAAAUCUAAAUGAGGUGGCCGAGCUUUUGGCCAAACCAGAGGUCAUCGCUAACAACACCAUGCUUGAGAAGAUCGUCCUGUUAAUUCCGCCCAAGAACAUUACCCAGUUCCUGAAUGCUGCCAUGUCUGCUGCUAACAAGGUCAAUCUGACAGAUCCCCAAAUUACCGCACUGAAUGUGACGAUACUGACAGCUGUUUGGAACAAAUUGCGUUCCAGCUUCUCUGAUUUCAUGCCCCUGGACUGGAGACAUUUGUUUCAAGAUUUACGCGUGCUACUUCCCAGCAUAAAUUCAACUCAUCUUCAGCUCAUCCCAGCCAACAUCAGCUGCUCCUCCUACCAGGAAAUAGCCACUGCUCUUAGCAAUGCGUAUACUGAGCUUACUGAAUCGGCACAGGACUCCAUAUACAAGUAUCUACUGGCUGUCCACAGAGAUUCCACCCUCAGAUGUUACACUGGUCCCAGUCUUAAAGCUUUUCUGGAUACCUACUUUGGCAAAUUCUCCACCAAGCUGACGGCUGAAGAUUUAGUAGCCCUAAUUCCUCCCAGCCAACUGUCACAGAAAAUUGACUCGCUGCAGCCCAGAGAGCUUCUAGACAUACUGAUAAAGCCAGGCUACCCCAGCAACGACACAGCUUUGGAAAUCCUCCUCAGAAACUAUGAGGACAUCAAUAAGAUUGGGACAGUUGUGGAUGGUCUGAAUCAGCAGGUAAAUAGGACCAAGGGGAGCCUGAAAGCUGUUCUGAAUGGUGUCUGGCCCAGCUUUGUGGCAGCUCUGAGCUCCCUUAACUCAUCCAGUUUGGAUCAAUGGUUAAACAAGCGGCUCCAGACCCAUCUCCCUCUCAUCACCCAGAGUCAGCUCAAUACAUCUGAGAUUCUUACCACAAAUUGCCUGGCAUUCCGGCAUCUAGUAAAGGCUUUAAAUAUCCACUACCAUGAUUACACAGCAGAGAUGCAGCAAAGCAUUUACUUCAUUCUCAAGAACUAUCUUCUUCAGCCAGGUGACAAGCCAAAGUGCUAUAACCAAAACAAUGGGGACCAGAACUCCACGGCUUGGUUUCUAGACUACCUGGGAAAGUAUCUGUCAUACUGCACUGGUGAGGAUCUCAGAGCCUUCAGUGACAGCCAGCAGUUGCUUCAAGACUUCGCGGUGGAUCCUCAAAAUCUGGCGCUGGUGGGGGAACUCGCCCUCUCAGAAGACGUGAAGGAAUACUACUCCACUCUGAUCACGAUGCAGAAUCCUUCCAUCGCGCUGGGAAGCGUUCCAGACAAUUUGAUCUGCUACGUGGCUGGCAAGUGGAAUAUCAGCCAAACGACAGCAACUGAAGCCAGGUUGACUCUGGCAGCCUUGCAGAGCUGUUUGAGACCUUCCCAGGAGCCAGCAGGAGAGGUGACGGGUGCACUGCCUGACACCACUGGCAACCUCUCUGUGGAGACCUUUCAAAGACUCGGUCCCUUAGCCGUUGGGUUAACGCCGUCUGUGCUCCUGGCUAACGCGGAUGGGCAAACCCUUCGGCGGAUGCUCCCGUUGCUCUCAGCCACAGGGGGCUGGAGCCCAGCACAGGCUUCUGUCAUCAUUAAAAAAGUCAUCCAGAAUGGAUACCAGAUCAACAAAGCCAGCAGUAUUUUGAUACUGGGGAAGCUAGCGCCUGGCCUUCCCGUCAAUGUGCUGGAGAAACUGGACAACAAGGACACCCUCCUCCUGGCUGCAGAUCAGAAUUUCACAGAGAGCAUGGAGCAGGCCCCUCUGCCUGUGAAAUACAAGUUUGUGCAACGGAUCUUACAGAGCGUAACCGGAAGCACCUUCCUCAAUAUCCCAGAUAAGCUGGCUGAUCAGAUCCCUCUGUCUAGACUGGCAUCUCCCCAGAUCAAUAUCAAUGAAAUCAACCAGAAGAAAUGGACAGCUGCUCAGGCCAGCGUGUUCUUCCAGGCAGUGCUGAAGUCCACGCAGCAAUACUCCAGGUUAUCUUCCACUGUCCUUCAAGGAUUCAGCUGUGGAGCAGCAAACUUUUUAAACAACAGUCAGUUUGCGAGCCUGGUAAAAGCCAUGAGGGACAAACGAAUACGACUGGAAGAUAGCCAGCUCAGCUGCAUGACGAAGAGACUGACAGGACAGAUAACUCCAUCAGAUUUUGAAGAAUAUCCAGCCGAGGUUCUUUUUUACAUGGGACCAGAGAAAUUUUCAAACACAGUGAACUGCCAGAAAUAUUUUCACCUUGUUGGACAAGCCAAUGUCGACCUUUUGCCAAGAGUGUCUUCCAAAAGACAGUCGCUGCUGGAGAGUGCUAAGGCUUGCCUGGGAACGUCUACCUUAUCAUUUUCAAAGGAAAACCUACAAAUUUUAGGCAAUCUUUCCUGUGCCCUCAAUGGCACCGAUAUUGCAAAAUCUGACCCAUACAUCCUAACAAUAUUGCAAAGCUGCAUGUCGUUCACUGAAGACCAACUGACAGCCAUAGAGCAGCAGCUAAAGAACAAAUAUGGAUCACCUUCAACAUGGACAGUCAGCACCCUGACAGACAUGGGUAUUCUUGCCAGUGCCUUGAUGAGCAGCACACUUCAAAGGAUCUCAGAGAUAGAGAAGACACAAUUUUUCCCUGAUUUCUUGAGCCAGUUGAAGACCUGGAAUAGGAACCAAUUCACCUAUCUUCUGAAACAGCUUGCAAACCCUCAGCGGCAAAAACGAGCAGCAACAGACUGCACAAGAACUCCAUUGACAACAGACGUGGUGGUGAAGCAGAGAGACCUUCUAGCUUCCAAGUACACAUCCAGCAGUGAUCUGGAUGCUUGCCUGCCGGAUGAUGUGCUGAGAAACAAUUUGGAAACUUUGGGGAAGAUGGAAUUUCAGGCCCCUCUCCUUCAAGUGCUAAAGCUGAAAUUGGACAAGAUCUUUGGCACGCUGCCUGAAGACUACCUUCCACUAUUAGGAAACAUAGCCAGGAUGUAUACCACAACUGAAAUUGCUAACUGGAAUAUCACUACAGCCGAGACCUUAUCAGCCCUAUUGACAGGAACAUCAUGGCAACAGGAUCUCCCAAAGGUUACGUCUCUGGUCACUCGGCAUCUAGAAGCUAAUGGCAAUCAGUUAGAUGGAACAAUGCUCACAAUGCUAGCUCCACAUAUCUGUGCUUUGGAAGAUACUCAGAUAAAAGCCAUCAGCAGUGAGGCCAUCAGAGAGACCAGCAGGCCCAUGAAUACCUCGCUGUGUUCUCAGCGCCAGAAGAAUCUCUUCUAUAGCCAGCUGAGAGCUGCUUACGAGGAGAACCCGAGCUCUCCAGAUGCCUACUACCAGCUGCUGAAGCCUGCUAUUGGCGGAGCCCCAACCAAGGAUCUGAUCAAAUUUGCUUCUGGUUAUCCUGUCAUGGACGUAGCCACAUUUACAGCCCUCAACCCAGAUGAAGUCCAGAAAUUAAGCGCUCAAAAUCUGAAAGAUUUGCUAGGCGCUAAUCUCCCAGAGCUGAACAAUUUAGCGGAUGACCCUGUGGUGAAAUCUUGGACCCAGGCACGCAACCAAUCAGAGGUGAAUUCUUUAGGACUCCUUCUUGUAGCAGGACUCCCGGACAAGCCACCUAACGGUUUUAUAGAUAUUCCAUCAGAACCUUACAUACCCGGAAGAGCAACGACAUAUGCAAAAGACCACAUGUUCCAGCUUUUCUAUUGUAUGCUCUUCCCCUUGGUGUUAACUGCUUUCUUAUAGGCCAUUCAGUAUUUGCCAAAUAUUAAAUAGUAAUCUUCUUGGGGGAGGGAGGGGGGAAUUAUAAUGAUUGAUCUAAUUGGCAUGGUUACAUUCAAUUUAUAUAUGUUCCAGUGUUCUUAAAUGAACAAAAUAUAAAAAAGUGGAGCAUUUAAUUUCUGCUUGGUAAUACAAUAUUGCAUUAUCCUACCACAGUGGUUCCCAAACUGGGGUUUGUGAAAUUUUAC